CUGCUGUAUUAAAGGGAACUCAUUCACGAUAUAUGUCAGAUGUUAACUUUCAUUUCUGAGAAAGACUUCACAUUUCUCUCUGCCUGACCUGAUAAGAUGAGGUUCUACCUGUCUGUUGUUUUCACCAUUCUGGUCAUGGCUGCGGACCACACCCGUGAUUGUGAACCACUUACCGAAACAGUGAGACUACCCUCAGUCAAGGUUUCCAAGGAAAUCAAAGAAACUCAGAUCUCGACCGUUGCUGAAGAGCCUGCUCCAUCAGCUCAGAUUGCAUUUCACAAGGCAUUGAUUGAUGGCAGCACCUCGAGAAGUGAUUCUCACGUCCCUCCAUACACCUUUGAUGACAACCCCAACCUUGAGUGGCAGUUGUUUAAUGGGUCUCUUCCCAACGGAGCAGUGGGCAUCUGGAACAGUUACACAAAUCGCUAUGACUAUGUGUGCAGAGCAUAUGAUGGUUGUGAGAGCGGAUUCUACAGCAGUGACUUUGGUAAAUGCUUGUUCCCAAGUUACCCUUUGUUGUUGAUUACUCAGAGUUUUUACAUCCUCGUAAACAAAGACGACUUUGUAUUUCUGGAGUGGAAAUGGGGAUCAGGUGGGUCUGUUCCCCAAAACUCAAUCAGGACAUGUUUUAAGCCACAGUUUUAUGUUGGAAAAAAUAAGUAUGGUUUAGGGUUGCUUUCCUCUGGAGAUUCAUUCUAUUUGCCAUGGGUUGAAGAAUAUUCCAAUGGUACAAUCUAUGGGUAUAGUACAUGGUAUAGAAGCUCUUACCAGGCUUUGACAGUAAAUACAGACAAAUAUAAGCAGGAAAUCAAAGAUGUAAAGUAUUUCACGGAUCAAGCUAAGAUCAUAGGCACUCCCCCAUUCGGUAUUGUCAAAAACACUUUAAGCAACAGAGAAUGCCAUCCUGUAACUUUGACGACCACAUUGUCUACAUCUCAAACAAAAACAAGCAAUUGGCAAUUCUCUUACUCCAUGACCCUUUCCAUCAGCACCACUGUAUCUGCUAGCAUCCCUGACAUCGUUGACUUUAGUGUCACCAUUGGUGUAGAGCAGACUUUUACAGUAACAAAGGAAAUAUCCCUGUCUCAAACUCAAACUACUAGCCUUGUGGUUGAAGUCACUGUGCCCCCAAACAUGAGGUGCACUAUUGAGAUGGAAGGCAAGAAAUUCACAUCAAAUAUACCUUUUCAGGCUCGCCUUGGCCGUACCUACAGCAAUGGUGACACAAAGUGGACCACCAUAACCGGCAUAUAUGAUGGGCUUCAGGUGUCUGAUUUUCAGGCUACUGCAAAGACUUGUGAACCUGUGGAUGAACUUGUGUCAUGUGGGAAUGAUAUCUAUGUUUCUGAUCUAUCCUCCUUACAUCAACAAUCCCCUGUUUAG